AUGGGUCGGGUACGGUUUGUGGAGUGUCUUGCAAUGGGUCGCCAUGGUGAUUUACCAAGGGCAAAUGUUCAAGGCCACAGGGGCCAGAGACUAUCCAGACAGAAACCUGGGUGUAACAUUGCAUGGUCCACAAAUACCGAUAUUGAAGGUCAGUGCAGAAAAAUGAACUUUUUUGUAAUCAGAGUGGGAGUCUGUUUCACUAUCUGUAUUUGUACUAUGCUAAUGACAGCCACGUGCCAAGUUGCAACAAAGGAAAAUGGCUUCGACAAUACAGCAGCCCCUCAAUUUUUAAUCCCUAACUGGAUGGCUGAAAUUUCUGACAGUGUAUCUCUCUCAGAUCUCUCAAUUCCUGGCACACAUAACACAAUGUCUUUUUAUGGUGGAAAUCUUGUUCAGUGUCAGACAUGGCCUAUAGACCAACAACUGAAAGGUGGAAUCCGUUUUCUAGAUAUUCGUUUACGUAAUGUUAAUAAUAAUCUGACAAUUCAUCAUGGCCCAAUCUACCAAAGAGCUAACUUUAGCAAAGUAAUACGAGAGACUAUGAAAUUCUUAACUGAACAUCCAAGAGAAACGAUUUUGAUGAGAGUAAAAGAGGAGUUUAGUGAAACCAACAAUAUACACGUUCCAGUGGUUAAUUAUUUAAAACAGUAUGCCAACUGGAAUGCUUUGUGGAUCAACAGUAAAAUUCCGUUGCUGGGACAGGCUCGAGGAAAACUAGUUAUCCUUCAAGACUAUGCUGGAGAUGCCAUUUUCAUUCAAUAUAACACUUUGAAUAUUGCAGAUAAAUGGAAAGUUCCAACCAUGAUGCAUAUCAAUAGCAAAUGGCAGAAUGUGCAGGAACAUUUAAAUAUGGCGGCAGUGGGGAAUCGGCAGACAAUAUUUCUCACCUACAGUAGUGGAGCUGGAGUUGCAGCCUAUCCAAAUGCUGUUGCUAGGCAAAUCAAUCCUCGCUUGCUGGAAUACUUACAACUCAGACAAGGCCAAAAUGUACGCUUUGGAAUGAUUGCAAUGGAUUUUCCAUCAUCGAUGCUUAUUAAAACGAUCAUUGAGUUCAACUAA